AUGGCUGAAAAAUUUCAGACAAUUGAGAUACCCAUCACUUUAGUUGACAAAUUGAGAAGCCACAUGAAUAAACACUAUAUGGAGUUAUUUAUGGGAGUCAACAAGUAAGACAUUGAAGUUCGUGAGAAAAUUGUCAAAAUUCUACCUUUUCAGAUGGGAGAGGCUAUUAAAAUUGCCAUGGAUCUGAGGCUAAAAAAUGGCAAGAAUAUUUUGAAUGUUGGUGAAUAGAUACAAUUGUACUCCAUCAUGCACAGAGAAAUACUUGGGCUUAACUGUUCUCAAGAAUACAUCUAUCAAUAAAAAUAGAAGAUUUUAUAUGAUGGACUUUCUCGACCUCAAAUGAACAGUUAAAAUAACUAGCUUAUCUAAGCUCAAAAUAAUCAUCUUAAGAGGUAGUUAUUUGCUAGGAAACUUGCUUCGAUGAUCACAUUAGAUUAACAAUAAUCUGAGAACUAGAAAGAGGUUGAUGUACUGAGUAGAGAUCUGAUGAAUAUUUUUGAUAGAGAAGCCAAUGAUUAGAAGAAGAUUAUGGGUCAUAGUAUGCUCAGAAACAUGAAAAAUAAUACCUCUAUGGCCAAACCACCUCUAUUUAAGAAAUAGCUAUAGGUUGAAAUUCAGGAGACAGAACAAGAUAUGAUCAAUUACAAAACAAUAUUGAGUGCAUCUAGCUCAGAAUUCAGGUAAAAUAAAAGCACAUUCAAUAUCUACCAAUGCUCUCCUAUGUUUCAAAAAGCUUAAAACCUGCUUUUACAAGAUUCACCAGUCAAUAAAUCUCAUCAUAUAAAGCAUGUUGUAAGAGAUCACAGUGAAAGACAAGUCGGCCUCUCAAAAUUACUUUUCACAAGAUAUGUGACAGAGAAAAGAAAGUAAAAUACUCAGCCAAGAAAAGUAGCUAUGAAAGGUAUGUCCAUACUACAAAGAGCUCACUAGCAGGGAGGAUUAUUUAAAGUGCAAAAAGAGAAUUAAAACUUAAAUGCGAAUUCAACAAUUGAUAGAGAUAGCGUCGCUAUGAGAAGUACUAGUGCUGCUUCUCCUUACUUGAGAACUAAGGAAAGUAUAGAUGAUGUCAGUAAGUCUGUGAAUAAUUUAGAUAAGGAAAGAGGAAGAUUUUUUGUAAUAUAGGAAGAGCUAAACUCGGAUGGUACUUUUAAGAAGACAUCUAAAAUCAGGAUAACUUUAAAGAAAUCUUAAGCUUUUUCAAAUAAGAAGCCACCAACAUUAUUAACUAAUUAACUUUUAAACUCUUCAAGAGGCAAAUCAGCCUAGCAUUCUAUAGAUUUUUUCAAUCCUAAACUCAAUCUCUUGAUCUAUGAUGAAAAGGAAAAAGAGAAGCUUGUUCAUGAUUAAGAUUUAUUAAAAUUGAACGAGAAGGGGUAUAGAGAAAAAGGUAAAUAAAUCAUACAGGAACUAGAAAAUAUAUCUCAUCCAGUCCUCGCAAGAAUGAACAAAUCUUUAAAAUCAAGAUUAGUUGAGGAAUUCAAACUAGAUUAGGCAGAUAAAGAAGAUCAAAAAAUAGUAAAUGAUCUCAAAGGUAAAAAGCUCUACUUACAUGAAAAAAGAGAUGAAUCUUAUUAAAAAGAUAAAAAAUAGAGAAUCAUAAAGCUCAAAAAAAUAAUGAAAAACCUCUAAUGA